UUCUGCUUAUAUUGUUUUAUUUUGUCAGUUACCUCGAGAAUCAAAAAAUAGAUCUAAGCAUCAAAAUAACUACUAUUGGACGCAGCGGCUCAACCUCAUGAAAUUAACUCCGAUUUUGAACACAAAGUCUUCAAGUUGCACUUCAGGAAGUAAUGGUCUCCAAAGUCUAUGCUGCUCUUUUCAGACCCCUGUACGUAUUCCAAUAGUUUGUCAGUCUUAAUUGAGGAAAUAAUGGUUAUUUGUGAAAUAUUUUUCUUGGUCAACAUGAGAAAGCUUAAAGGCUGAGUAUGACUCCUGUCGUUUACAAUAUUCCCUUCCCACGGUGUGAGUCAUGGAUGGAAGAAGAGACGUGCUUUUCGAUUUCGCCCCCCCCCCCCUACCAACCCAGUAUAAUUAAACACCUAUAAUCCCUAUGCCGACUAAUUCGAAAUCCUGGUUGAUUCCCGGGCUCUUACCGGCCAGGCGUUCACUCCAUCUCCCAGAGUGGGACCCCUUUCAAAAUUCGAGCUUCGGAACCUGCACUCGAGACUCACUUGGUUUGUUACCCGUGAAAUGCAUUGGGACCUCUGAUCCCUUAAAAUCUAGCAAGUUGAAUGGAAACAAUUACUCCACUGUGUUCCGGGGCUCCCGGGUUAACAAGAGUUUGCUGCAUUUGAAGACCACUGUAGGAGUGUGGGUUGGGGUGAUUUCUAACACAGCUCCUGUUCAGGGACUGUGACCUCUGCAGACGGCUGCAAAGUGCCGGACCCCCUUCCUUUCCUCCCAGUUCUGUUUUGCAUAUUUGACCUUCCCUUUCAACGGCACCAGAACGUUUGCAUUCCUGUCACUGGAUCUCUUCGAAUUUCUCUCAUUCGGCGUUUAGCAUUGCAGUCACUGUGGAAAGUUAUCGUAUAUACUUCGUGUUGUUAGCUUUUAUGUUCCGCUACACCUGUUACGUUUUCCGGUUGUCCAAAGAAGUGAUCAGUCAAGUGGUAUUCCUGAGGUGGCGUGACACGGCCGCCUCCCUGUAACCACAGCGACACCGCACCCUGGUCACUUGCAGGCGGUUUCCUUCACACGGCGGACUUGCUCGCAAUCUUCGCCCGACAUCGGAGGGCAAAGCGUGGCGGCAACGGCGCCUGGGAAAUACGAGGAAGUUCUUGGAAAUGUGUGAUGAAGAUUUUGAAGAUGUAUCCCUGGUUAAUCCUGCUGAUCAAACGCUUGACAGCAGCAGACCCGCUGAGAAAGUGUGUAGACAAGUGGAGGAGCAAACAGAGUCCAAUCAAACCCCUGAACAGAUAUUGGAUAUAUGCGACUGUUUUGGCAGAGAGCCGGUAUUUGAUGGAAGUGAGAAGUCUGUCACCAAAGUCUACACACAAGAAUUACCGCAAACAAAGGGAACGCCAGAAACUAUUGAUCAAAAUAAACUGCUGCCACCUUUCCAGAAUGAUUUCAUCCCAGAAGAAAUUCUGUUGUCAUUGACCACUGUGCCAAAUUCAUGCUGUCGAGGUGAAUCACUGCUAAAGUCCCCGAAAGAUCUUAAGUCGAGUGUCCGACCAACUGAUCGCGUAUGGCAUCAUCCAAGUCGGAGAUCAAAAUUCAAACACUUGAUCGAUCAGCCCAUCUCACUGGCUCGAGCAGGAAGGGAUAUCUCCUUUCUAUGUGAUGCUGUAUGUACCAAAUGUUCCAUUAAUGUGAUGCCAGUUUCAUCGGCAGCCAUAGACAAGAGUGCUGUUCGAGCUCAAUGUGUAAAACCGCCUACCACAAAACAGGGGGAUGUACCUGAGAGUGUGAUACCAGAUGAGUACCAUAUUGUGAAGAACAAGGGUGUUCUGGGAUUGGAGUAUUAUGAGGAUAAAUAUACCACGCUACUGGAAGACGAUGAGAAGAAACUGAGAGUAUUUCCCUCCAUGAAACCCAGUGGAAGAGCUGAGGCCAUUCAGCUGUCACAAGUGAUGGAUGAUAUGUUAGAGAAAGUUGGGUUUAAUGAAGAUGAUAAACAGGAAUUAAAAGGCGCAACUCAGAUCCAUCAUUUGCUGGACCUGGUGAAAAAGGAGCAAGACAUUUAUAAUCUUGUGUUCCAUGAGCUUAUUCGUCAGAUUAGUGUGGAUUGUGGGGAACGAGGAGAGCUUCUUGCCAAAAUCAGAGAGAGGUAUGUAAGCUUAUUGGACCACAUUCCACGCCAUCUAAUUAGUAUGCACAAUGAAAUCAUGAUGCAACGGUUGUUGGACAAGCAACUUGUUUUGGAGCUGUUUCUUUUCCAAAAUGCUGUUGAGAAACUUAACAGUGAACUUGGUGAACUUCGAGAACGUGACCGCAAGGCAACAAAGAUGAUAGCAAAGACACAGGAGGAGCUAAGUAAUGCAUUGAUUGAAGCCCAUAAAAAUGCCAAUUUGCUGGAUGAAUAUCACCAGUUAUACGAACUACAGAGAAAAAGACUAAUUGCCCAGAUAGAUACUUUAACCCAGGAGAAGGAGUGGUGGACUGAAGCAACCUAUAGCCUGGCAUUGAAGGUAACUGAAGAGCACAAUCUUAAACUGGUUCAUGAUCUUGAAGUCAGUGAAAAACUCUGGACUAAAGUUGCACAACAUUUUGUUGUAAUGCUUGGCAUGAAGGAUGCAGAAGAUCAGGCUAAAUUACAGCAAGCUACCGCAGACUGGAGAGACAAAAUGAAGAAGUUCACUAAAAAUCUGCAAGAUGAGGAGAAUUCAAGUUUGGAAAAAAGAAAAUCGAUUCUGUCUGGUUUGCAAAAAUGGCAUGAAUAUUUAUUAGAGAAUAAAUCGAGUCAUCAAGGAAUGAAAAGUAUUCCUAAAGACAUGUUGCAUGCACUUUUAAAUGAUCUAAAAGACUGGCAUGAGCUGAUUUCUCAAGACUAUGAACGAUUUGAAGGGUCGUUACUCCUAGCUAAUCAAGAAGCACUGUCAGAGAUAACACAGCUGCAAAGUGACUGGACAGAUCUCAGCCUGGCACUCUUUAGUCGACACCAGUGGGCUUCUGAUGAAAAGUUGCCUGAGCAGAUAACAAUGGAAGAGUUGAACAACAGUGCUAAUGCACUCUGUCAGCGGUGUGAGAUCAUACUGUCAGGGGAAAAUGGCACUGCUUGGCAUUUAAUGAAGUUCCAGGACAUGUUUGAAUCCUGUCAAACUAAAUUUGACUUUGUCAAUCUAGAAAAUAAAGGUUCGAUAGAACAUAAUUUGCUGAAGCUGUCUGACUUCCUCCCUAUACUGAUUAGUCAAUUGGAAGAGGUAGUGACACUAGCAGCAACACAGAAUGACGGGGAGAAGGAAAGCAAUCUCCCAGAUAUCAGAGAACAGCUUGGCGAAGUGAAUAAGAUGAUACAAGACUGGUUGUCGUCACUGUUUAAGAUGAUAAAUCACAAGGAUACCAAGCUGACGCAUCAGGUUGCCAUCAUUCAGAGCGCCAUGAGCCAUUUGCUAGUAGAUAUUUUGCUUCAUGUUGUACGUGAUACAGACGAGAAAACCAAGAAAGUAUACUUCAAAUACCUGCCUGGGCCAAAUACAGUUGACAUGCUGGAGGAGAAAGCACUGAUUGUGGCUAUUCAACUGAAUAUAUUAUCAACACAAAUGUAUCGCUGGUGCAAGGAUACAGUGGAGGCAAUGGUGAAGCAACAGAAAGCAGCCCAUGCCCAGAAUCCUGAGAAUGAACUCAAGGAGCUUGAAAAACUGAAGACCGAGUCUUCUGAGUGGAUAGAUGUUUGUGAGACUCUGCUUUCAGGAAUUCAAGCACGUCCAGUCCACUUGUUGUCAUCCAGAAGUGAAGAGGUACAAUCGCACAUCAAUAUGACUCGUGAUCUAUGCACUGCAUGUUUACAGCACUCAUCCACCAAUAUUCUUCAGAUGUCUGAAUCUGAGCUUUCCUUGUUGUGGCCAGGGAUGACACAAGUUGCGGAAGGACCUACUACCGUUACAUCUUUCGAGAACUUGAAAAUCAUUGAGGACGCGAAAGCUGAAACAUCCGCUACUGUGCAAGUUGAGGACGCUACAGAUAUCAGAAAAACUCCACAGCCUGAAUGCACAGAUGGAGCUAAGAGAACUGUAGGUGAUGAGGGUAAAAGUUUUGAAAUAAUGGAAAUUAAAGACUUUCAGAGCCCAUCUAAAUCUACUAUAACGUAUAUUGGUGAAGAUACUAACAUCUAUGAGAUAGACUUGAAAGAAACUCCCCUGCCAGUUGAGAAGGCUGAUUUUGAUGUUGUUCUACCUGUGAAGCCCAAGGCAAUGAGGAAUUAUGAGGCACUGGUUGAAGUGGGAGUGUUACAGAAACAGCUCGUAGAAGCAGAGCAGCGUGCCUUGCAAGCAGAGGAACGGGCAAGUUCUCUGGAAGCUAACCUGCAGGAAGCUUUGGAUAAGAUCAGGGACAUGACUCUAGCGUUGGAGACAAAAGAGCUACAGCAGUUGCACCCAGAUGCAGAAAAAAGUAAGAUUUCAAUUUACCAGGAGUAAGUUAUAGACACGAUCAACUUUCAUUUACUGUCUGUUCAGUGUUGGAGAGGCAACAACAUGUUGUGCCUUACAAUACCAUUGCCAAUUCCUUGGAGAGUAUACUAAAUGAUGGGAUUGAUUAAGAAAACGUUUAUCAAAAUUGUUGAAUUAAUGGUAUUUUACAGUUUAACUUGAAAUUAUAUUAUUAAAGUAGUCUCAAAUGGCAUGGGUGAAUAUAUAGGCAAUUUUCAUGGCAAGACUGAUACUCCUAAGAAGUGUCUGUCACUUGCAAGUACACAGAUGGCUUUGAUCAACAAACCAUAACUGUGUUGAAUAAAUAGUUACGUUUUACUUUCCUAAUGUGAUGAAUUAAAUACAAAUUUACAUGAUUAAUAUGUUAAUAAUUUCUGGGACAAUUCUCUAGUCAAGCAAUGUAGAACACAAGUGGGAUUAAUUGCUAUUCAUUUAUAGCAGUUUAAUAACAUUUUUAACAUUGUUAUACAAAUACAAUGGAUUCUGGUUAAUUGGGACAAAUUGGGACAAAUUAGCUGAAGUUUCAUGGAAAUAGUUAAAAAGGUAUAAAAAAGACAAACUGCCAUUUAACUGAGUAACAAUUUAUGUAUUUAAAUGAAAUACAGAACAAUGUAGAACACUACUAAUACCUCUACAGUACUAUAAAACUGUGUAUUAAUUCCUAAUAGUUAUCGACAGAGGAAGUCCUCUGCCAUGUUCAUUUGAUUGACCGUAAAUGAACAAAAUUAGUGCAGACACCUAGUGCAGAUAGUGGAUUGCCUUCAUAUAAUGCUUUAGGUGAUUACAUCCUCCAAAUCUUCAUUUUCACUGUAACUUUCAAGAUGAUUAUAACUUCAAAUUCUUCAUAAUUCCUAACUUGUUAAGGCAGUGAAAUUGUUUCAUUUUUACUCCUGGUCAGUUCUGGCAUCACCAAGCCUAAAUGCUUGAAACUGCAGUGACUAAAACUGUUCCAAAUUGUUCUUUUCUCAGUUCCUUCAAAAUGCUAUUCGCUUUUCUUAGUUUCUUCAUCUCCACUGCAUCUGUUCCCAGGACAUGGUUUUCUAUUCCAGACAUCAGAGGUGGCUUCAUUCUUCAAAGAACGGGGCUUCCUUCCCUCCACUAUUGAUGCUGUUCUCACCUGCAACCCCUCCUUUUACUGAAUAUCUACACUCACCCCAUCUUCCUGUCGACGUAACAGGGAUAAAGUUCCACUUGUCCUUACCUACCACCGCAUCAGCCUCUGCAUCCAACACAUCAUUCUCUGCAAUUUCUGCCAUCUCCAAAGAGAUCCUACCACCAAACAUAUCUCAACCUCCCCACUCUCUGCUUUCCGCACGGAUCGGUCCCUCCACGAUUUCCUUGUCCAUUCAUCCCUUCCCACUAAUUUUUUUUCCUGGCACAUAUCCCUGCAAGCAGCCAAAGUGCUUCACCUGCCCAUACACCUCCUCCCUCUCCUCCAUUCAGGCCACAAACAGUCCUUCCAGGUGAGGCAACACUUCACCUGUGAAUCUGCUGUGGCCGUCCAUUGUGUCCGGUGCUCCCGAUGUGGCCUGCUCUACCUUGGUGAUACUCGUUGUAAACUGGGGACAGUUUCAUUGAGUUCCUCUGCUCCAUCUGCCAAAAACAGAAUUUCCCGGAGGCCAAACAUUUUAAUUCCAAUUCUCAUUCCUGUUCUGACAAGUUGGUCUAUGGCCUCCUCUUGUACCAAGGAUGAGGGCACCCUCAGGGUGGAGGAGCAAUAUUCUAUACACCUCAUAUUCUGUCUGUUAGCUCCCAAUCUGAUUUCUCCUUCUGGUAAAAAUAUUUCCACCCUCCGCUCCCUUCUUCUUUUCCCUUCUCUGACUUUUUACCUUUUCUCACCAGCCUAUCAACUCCCUCUGGGUUUCUCCUCGUCUUUCUUCUAUAGUCCCCUCUACUCCCCUAGCUCUUUCCCACCCACCUGGCUUCACCUUCCAGAAAGCCUCUUUCCCUCACUCCCCCCAAACUUUUUAUUCUGGCUUCUUCCCCCUUCUUUCUCAGUCCUGAGGAAGGGUCUCAUUCUGAAACAUUGACUGUUUAUUCAUUUCCAUAGAUGCUACCUGACCUGCUGAGUUCCUCCAGCAUUUUGUCUUGAUUCUUUGGAUUUCCAGCAUCUGUAGACCUCCUCAUGUUUCUAAAUUGUCUUUCUGCUUAUUUCUCGCCAACUAUCAGUGCUUUUUGAACACAAACGUAUACAACUGAUACUAUUUAAGAACUGUUUCACUCUUAGCACAGUGGCCACACAAGUGCACAUGACCGACCUAGUUAGAAAUUGUUUAGCAAUAGUCUCCUGCGCAAGUUAAGGGACAUAGUGUCCCAAGUAAAUGAAGGAAAUCCCAACUAUUUUCUCAAUUAAGAUUUUGUUCUUUAAGUGUUGUCCCAAAUAAAUGGCUGGCCUGAUUAACCGAUGGCCCAAUUUUUCUGAAUCCACUGUACAUUAAUUUCUUUGUUAACUACAACCUUACUGGUAUGUUAUUUCAGGUUAAGACUUUAAUUGAUUGACAGUGAUAAGAUUGCUUUGAAUGUUUGUAGAAGUAUAGCUAUAAUAGUUCAGUCAUUUAAGGUUGAACAUGAUUUACCUGAAUAAGAAACACUGGAGAUUUAAGAAAGGAAGAUAACAUGAGGAGAUAACAAAAAGAUAAGAACUCAAGUCAGAAAAUCAUUAAAAUUAGCUGAACUGUUCUUCUACAAAAGUUUAUAUCUUUUCCUUAAAACUAGGGAAAACAUGAAAGCAUGCAUUUGUUUUUGAACUUUGAAUUGUGUCAAAUAGAUGAAAAUAUUUUACAGUUAUUAAUAUACUUAAACUUAAUGCUGAUUAGUAUUACUGUACUGUAUGAUGUUGCUGUAAAUAAAGCAGUUUUGGUUUA